UCAAACGAACAAUUCAAAUGCCACUGAUGUUCGGACUGGAACCAUAUUUUUGCUCCGAAUUUUUCUGUGAUUUUUAUGCUUUCGAAGAAUUUAUUUUAAAAGUCUAAGAAAAAACUCAGCAAUCCUAUCGGCGCAUAUACUCAUUUCACAUAUUUACGCCAUGAACAAACUGCAAAGAGUCUUUUGUUCUUUGAGAAUAAGCAGCAGAGCAAUGCUGCCUCUCACAACAAUUUCAAUAAAUAACCAUCAAAGGAUUAUUAGAAACUAUUGUCAAAAAAGUGAAAUUCAAAAAGGAGAAAUAGUAUCAACAUUGCCACCUGAACAAGAUGAACAACAGUAUGAACAAAAUGUUAAGGAUAGUAUAUUAUCAAAAUCUCUAGAUUUUGUACCUAAAUUUGGGUGGUCUGUUGAAUCAUUGAGUCAUGGUGCAGAAGCUGCAGGCUACCCAGGCAUAACACAUGGCUUAUUUCCUAAUGGUGGUGGAGAUCUUGUACAUUAUUUUAAUGUUAAAUGUAAUGAAGAAUUAGUACAACAAAUGAAAUCUUGGCCUAAGGAAGAUUUGAAGAAUAUGAAAGUACCUGUGCAGCUGAUUGAAAAUGCAAUUAUGACCAGACUUUUAAUGAUACAACCAUAUAAGAGUACUUGGCCAAAGGCAAUGGCAAUACAAGCUCUACCUAAUAAUGUUCCAAAUUCUUUAGCAACAUUACUUUCACUUGUUGAUGAUAUUUGCUAUCAUUCAGGAGACCGGAGUGUAGAUUUCAACUGGUACAUAAGAAGAGUGGGACUUGCUGGAAUAUACAAAGCAUCGGAACUGUUCUUUUUGACGGAUAAUAGUCAAGACGCCGCCGGUACAAGAAACUUUGUCAAAUCGAGAAUUAGUGAUGCUGAAUUAAUUCAAACAGCACUGAAUAUGAAUCCUGUCUCUGUUGCCCCUCAAACACUAACUGCGGCAUUUGUUACAGCUAAAAAUAUGCUGGGAUUAAAUACACUGAAGUAAUAGUGAUAAAAGCAGUAAUAGCAAACUACAAUGACAGUAUUCUUUUAUUUUUGUUA